UAAUGGAUAAUAUUGUCUGCACUGCGAAUCCUGAAUACGCAUAUCCACCAAAAUGUUCACUCGAUAAAAGUUAUAAUCCAGCAAGAGGUUUUAUGGAGAUACAAAUGAAACGAGAAAUCAAAUCACAAAGAUAUUCAUUAAAUUUUACCAUAACGAAUAAAAAGAAAAAAAGAAAUUUAUUAACCUUGAAAAAUUAUGAUGCUUGUGCAUUCUUUGAAGGACGUGUUUCAGCUAUGUUGAGAAUUUUCAAGGAAUUAUUAGAAACAUUUGGAGAGCUACCAAAAAAAUGUCCGAUAAAAAAGGAUUAUCAUUAUAAACUUCAAAAUAUGACCGUCAGCUUGGACAGAUUUCCACCGUAUUUUAUCGAAACUGAUUUUUAUAUAAUCACAAGGAAUUCUGUGGGGAAAGACUUUCUGUUUGCACUUGAAUUUAGUGGAAGAGUUAGAAGAAAUGAAGAAGUCAAAAAAGAUGAAAAUGACGAAAGUGUUGAAAAUAAUAUAUUUUUACCAAAGAAAAAGAAUAAGAAAAGUAAGAACGACCCUGCCAUAGCAUAAUUUAUUCU